GUUUUGUGAAGCGUCCGAUGCCGACGGCCCCGUGAAAGAGGCGGGAAGAGGGGCGCGCGUGCGCACAGUGAAGCGAGGCCUAGCGCCCGGAUCCGCUUGAACCCAGGUGCGGGGAAGCCCGAUGAAGCCGUUUGAGUAAAGAGGGAGGAGGGGAAGAAGAAAAAAAACACGCAACAGACAGCCUCCACUCCGGCCCGAGAGACAAGCCGAGAAGCACAAAUGUCUGCGCGGCAGGCAGGCGGGAGCGGCGCGGUUUUGAUGUGCCACCCGGUGCCACCUUGAGAGAAGCCUAUGACCAUUUAUGCUGACCUCGAUUCGGUGGAGUCGCUGUUCGAUGAGCUGCCCUAUAUGUUUUACGUGGGAUUGUUUUUUGUGAACGUGCUGAUCCUGUACUAUGCCUUCCUGAUGGAGUACAUCCUCCUGAACGUGGGCAUCGUCUUCCUCCCGGACGACUUCGACCAGGCUCUCGUCGACCUCGGGGUGCUCUCGGAUCCCGCAUCGGUCACCUACGACCCCGACCCCGAGCUGGAUGUAUUCGACGGCUACUUUGACUGAGAGCAAUUAAAAAAAAACAACACACACAAAAAAAUUGUGAAAUUUAUUGUUUUAGACCUUUGCCCUCCAAUUUCCCCCCCCCAUUCCCAAUGCCUCCCUUUCCAACGUGGAACUGUACAGGUCAGGUCAGGAUGACUGCCCCUCGGUUUUCUUUCAUCAGCCGAGCACUUGCUGAACGGGACGAUGCUCUCGGACGUUAUUACGGUGCUGACUCCGAUUGUGCCAAGGUUGCAAUCAGUAUGGAUUGUGUCAUUUCGGGGCGUUUGUCCGUCCUGCAACGGUGCAGACCCGAACUGCCUUCUCCAGGAUUGACUGGACAAGUAGGUACCGGCUCUCUUUGCUGCCCUCGUCUCCCGAGAGCUUCAAACUAACACUGAACGCACCGCAGAUGAAUAAUGCUCAGACGUGCGAUCCCCACACCGUCACUUUAUAGAUCUCUUUCCCCCCCCCCCCCCCAUCCCCACUUUCUUCCUGUAAUUUAUUUAAGAAAGUAGUAUUUAUUCGUGUUUACACUAUUCUGACGUUGACUGAAAUCCGACUGAAUGAUCCUAAAAAUGCAUAAAAGUGUUUCUAAAGCUGGUGGUAAAUCACUUAUUUGAAUGAUGCGUUUUUUUCUGGAAGGUGUUCUUGACAGGAACAAAAUUAUUGUGAUCUUGAAAGGAGCCGGAUGGAAUUGGAAUGUGCUUUCAACCUGCCUGAAACAAUUAUAUUUUUAUAGGUAGUUUUGCACCUGAUUUAAUUAAACAAACCCUGACUGUUUUCUUCCAAAUCAGUGAUAACGAAUGGUCAGGUUUUUUUCAGGGAAAUCGAAUCAGCCUGCAAGUGGGUGGGACUAAGCGACUGCAGUCUCCCAGUCUGGACACGUUUUACACAACAGCCCUAAAAAUGAUAGCAAGGAAGGUACUGCAUAUUAAAGCUAUUUAUUUCAUUGACAGAGUGAUAAAUAAGUAACAGUCACAAGGCAUGCUACUUUAAUUUUUUAAGUGGUGGCAAUCUCGUCGUCCUCUGUGUUUGUCAGAGUCACAUAACCAGAAAAUUGAAAUUUUAAUACUGUAUUUCCAGAAGUAUUGUUCACCCCUCACAAAAUGUUGUGCCUCCUGCAUUGAGCUAUAUUUCAGGCUUUCCACUGUGAUUUUUUUUCAAUGAAAAUGUACAAGCUAAAGGAAAAAGUGAUGAAGUUGCAGGUGUCUCACUGGGAUUAGAUGCUAAAUGUAAUGAUGAGGAGUGUCAUUGUUCCCACACUCUAAAUUGUACGAGAAAUUCUAGUUCUUCCACACACCCCCCCCUCCCCCCACUACCUUUUUCCCUUGUGCAUACUAAAUACGUCCAGUGAGGAACCAUUUUCUGAACUGCAUAGCAGUUAAAUAUACCAAAAUGCCUCUUUUAGUUUUUUUUCCCUUAAGUUAUAUGUGCAGUGAAAUAGCUGAUGCAGCACAAUGCCCAGAAUUUCUGCAUGUAAUUGAUAAUGUGUUUAUCAUUGCAGCAAUAAUGUAAAGGAGAUAAAGUUGCCCUGUCAAUGCAGGCCUCCUUUCUCUGCCACAAAACUUUUUUUGAUUUAACCCAAAUAGGUUCAAAUCUAAAAUGCAACUACACAACAUUUCUGUAUAUAUUGAAGCAGAAAUUACCUCCUUAAAUGGUUAAUUUCAUUAUUGACAUUGAUAAUGAUUUUUGAAAGCUGCUUGUAUAUCACUAAUUCUGUCAAAUUCCUCUGCUUACAAUGAAGUUAUUUCAAAUAAUGAGCUGAGAGACUUGAAUGCUUUGAAAAAUGAAAAUAUUCAGUACUGUAUUCUAUAGCUGACAGCAGCGAAUAGCUAAAACGGUGAUCUGUUGACCCAGAAGUUACUGCAUGGUAGGAUGCCAAUUCUUUGGCUGUCUGAUAGCAUCUGUCAAUGCAUAUUUACUCAGCUAUACAAAAGGGUCUUAGAUAUUUCGGGGAUGGAGUGUAUAUCAAUAGUAAACAUUUUCACUAAUUUUUGACAGGCAAUAUCAGGUAUGAAGUGAGAUAUGUCUGUGAGCAGCUGAAAAAAGUAAUUAUCAUUGUUUAUUGCUGGUACCCAUUUGAGGACAAUAUUCACCAAUACUGCCUCCUGAAAUGAUUCUGCAUUCUUCAUGAUAAGCUUACAAUGGGCAGUAUUAAAUAAUAGUGGAAAAGUCUCUCUCAUGCAACAACAUACUCUUGUACCUCCAGUCAGUUCUCAUUUUCAGUCUACCCGUGUAAUUAUCUCAAGAAUUGAAAAGAUAUACAUGAAAAGUUACAUUAUUGUGCAAUAUGUCAUUAUCAAAAGUUUGCUGUUUAUUACUCAAGAAUCCAGAAUUUAAUGUUAUUGUUCUGAAGGUUCUUAGCAGGCUGUUGACAUUUUGUAAAUGGUGUAAGUGGAAACAGCUGCCACAGCAUGCAAUCUUUGUAUUAAAAUUGAAUUCUUAUUUUGACCAA